CGGAAGAGCGUGCGCAUCAUAACUUGCACACAUGUGUGCGGGCAGAGAGCCGGUCUCAGUCUGACGGCGCGUGCACCUGAAGUCACCUGGAUAACUUUAAUAUCACCACCAAAAACACACCUGAGAAACACCUGGACGCGUGACGUCACGGCGGCGGCAUGGCGGAGAUCGUGCAGCAGCGGAUCGAGGAGAGGAUCCCGGAGCUCGAGCAGCUGGAGAGAGUGGGACUGUUCACCAAGAAGGAAGUCAGAUCAAUAAUCAAGAGAGUGACGUCUCUGGAAUACAAACUGCACAGACUGAUCGUCAACAAAGAGGACUUCAUCGCCUACGUUCAGUACGAGAUCAACGUGUUGGAGCUGAUCAAGAAGAGGAGAGCGCACAUCGCUUAUCAGUUCAAGCGCGAGGAGAUCGAGUUCCCCGUCAUCCACAGAAUAAACAGCGUCUUCAGAAGAGCCACCAACAAGUGGAAGGACGACGUGCAGCUGUGGCUCUCACAUGUCGCUUUCUGUAAGAAAUGGGCCACCAAAAAUCAGAUCAGCAAGGUGUUCUCAGCCAUGCUCGCCAUCCACCCCGACAAGCCAGCUCUGUGGAUCAUGGCGGCCAAGAGUGAGCUGGAGGACAGAAGCUCCUCUGAGAGCGCCCGACACUUGUUCCUGAGGGCGCUGCGCUUCCACCCGAACAACAAGAAGGUCUACCAGGAGUAUUUCCGUAUGGAGCUGCUGCAUUGUGAGAAACUGAGGAAGCAGAAGGAAGAGCUGGAGAAAGCAGAGAUAGACCUGGGCGAGUACGAGUUCUCUGCAGAGAUCCUGAGCGGUAAACUGGCCGAGGUCGUGUACAGAGAUGCUACGGGGAAAAUCAAAGAAGCCGAGUUUGUCAUCUCACUCCUGAACAUCGCAGCCAUCUUUGACUUCACCCAGGAGCUCCAGGACCUCGUCCUGCAAGACUUACAGGCUAACUACACCGGAGACAGCCUGACGUGGGACUUCAUGGCGAGGAGGGAGCUGGAGGCUCCGGGGGCAGGGGAGGAGCUGCAGACGGCCAAAGGCCGGGCCUCCGACAUCAGCCGCAGAGAGGAGCGCUGCUGCCAGGUCUACGAGGAGGGAGUGAAGAGCCUGAACUCCGAGCCCAUGUGGACUUGCUACGUGGCCUUCUGUUUGGAAAGGCUGAAGAGGAAGACCAACGUCCAGGAGCUGAAGGACAAGAGGCAGGAGAGGCUGCUGGGAGUGCUGCAGCGCGCCCACGACUCCUCCCAGCUCAAGGAGGAUUAUUAUAAGAACUGGUUGCAGAUCUUGCUCUCGUCCGGAGACGGCGAGGCGGCGGCAAGCGUUGCCAUGGCAGCCACGCAGCGCUACAGCCAAUCGGUGUCGGCGUGGAGCCUGAGUCUGCAGACGCUGAUGCAGCUGGGGAGCGGAGACAUGAGCGAGCUUUUCCGGGACGCUCUCACACACGUUAAUCCCAAGGAGAGUCUACCGCUGUGGCAGCUGCAGGUCCAGUGGAGCGCGGCCAACCAGAGUCCUGAGGAGACAGAAGCCGUCUUCAAGAGAGGUCUGCUGUCUGCGGUGACGGCCGUCUCCACGGAGAUGAAAGAGAGCUACCUUGAUUGGUCGUACUCCACCGGAGGCUACAAGAAAGCGAGGAAGACCUUUACAAGUUUACAGGAAAACCGCCCGUUGACGAAGGCUUUUUUUACCACGAUGAUUCAAAUCGAGAAGGAACAAGAGACUCCAAAGAUGAACAAACUGAGAGACUGCUACGAGAGGGCCCUGCAGGAGUUCGGCACCUCAGAUGACGAUCUGUGGCUGCAGUACAUCCAGGAGGAGCUCGGACCUCUCGGGCAGCCAGAGAACUGCGGCAAGAUCCACUGGAGAGCCAUGAAGUUUCUGGAGGGGGAGAGCGUGGAGAGGUUCACCACCAAAUACACUCUGCUUCAGACCGGACACUUGUAAGAAGAAAAGAGGUCCGAGCAGCUCCGAUCGAGGCCCGUGUGUUCGGAGCGGGCGUUCCUCAGGAGACUGCAGCGUUCGAUGCCUUCAGGAAACAGACCGGUCGGUUCUCUUCAGACGUUCCAGCAGCGUUUUUCAGGAGAGAAAUGUUCACUGCCGUGACUCGUGCCUGCUCUGUUCAUUUCCAGCAGUUUGUGCUGCGUUUGAUCCACCGAUGUUGGAAACAUGUCGAGUUUGUCAGGAUGUCCAGUUGAAUUCCACAUUUAUUUUGCUGCUGUUGUGAUAUUAAAACAGUUUUUCACUCUG